AUGAAUGAAGAAUCCCCACAGGAACCAUUAAGUAUACCAGGUUACUACUACGAUAAGAAGAAAAAUCGCUAUUAUCUGAUAGACAAUGAAUUGAAAAAGAAAUUGAAGGAGGAAGAAUUUGAAAGACAAAUAAACAAUGCCAAGAGAAAAAAUCGCCAGACAAAUGUAGAAGGAAAAGAUUUGUCAAAUGUGAAACAUAACGACAAUCAAGGUCAUAUGUCUUUAGACAAUAAUGCAUGUUCCACAUUUAGUAAAGAAAAAAAUUUAGAACUAAUUAAUAAUGAGUUAAAUUCUUUAAAAAAAUGCAUUUCAAAAAAUCAAAAUAUUUUUAAUAUACUCAAGAGCAUCCGGAAUUUCCAUUUUCGAGAAAAUUCCAUUUUGAGUUUGCCGCCCAUUUUUAUUAACAGCGCUUCGUACCAGUAUAUUCACGUGGAAGAUUUGUGCGACCUUCAAUCGGAUAACACUUCAUCGUUCUGUCAUCCGGGGGGGGGAGGCAUGACAGCGCGCAGUGUACCCAACCCGAAUGUUCAAAAUGGUCUGGACGCUGUGAGUACUGUCCACAGCAUCAGCAGCUUGAACAAUCAAAUUGAGGACGCGAAUGACGAGAGCGACGAGAAUGACAGGGACGACACGGAUGAGGAAGACGGCACUCGCUGCGUGCACGGAGUGAAUGACCCAAGAACGGGCCCUUUUCCAAACCCUAAAAGAAAUGAUACCAUGGAACUUACCGCCGCCGACAUUAGAUUCUUCAACGUGUGCCAGAAACUGAUAAGUGAAAAUAUGAUAAAAGGCAGGACAUAUUUGGACAUAAGCAAAAACGAACCAUUUUAUUCGUACCCAAAUUUUAGGAAACAAAGUGCAUAUACUAACUCACCAGAAGAGCAAACGAGAAGUUGCGCUAGUCGAAAGAAGAAAAAUUACUCCAACAAGAAAAUACAGCAAAUAAAAAAUGAAAAUCAUAUGUCCCCUGGAUGUGAUGGAACAGGGAGUAGUGGCCUGCUUAUUCCAAAGUUGUUCGGACGGACACACGAAAAGGUAAAUGCUCGUAGCAUGCAAAAUUUUAAGUCGAACAUCAUUAUAAAUAGGUACAGGGCUAAUUUUUACUAUUUUUAUCACAUUCCCAGUCGAACUUACGCUAACAGGCGUAGAAACAACAGUAGUGGGAGUCCGUUCCGUAAUGGGAGCAGUUCCUUUAAUGCUAGCAACAGCACUAGCAACAAUUUCAAUUACAGUUAUAGUCAUGUGCACAGAAAUAGGGACGAAUAUGACGACAUAAACGCAACAGUUGAUAUAGAUCAUGAUGUGCUCAGUCGACCAAUUUCUUCUACACAGAAUAAUGCCCUAUACAAUGGGAUGUUUCAAGAAAGAAGUGGACGCAGGAUUCAUGAAAUUAUGCCCGUUCGACAUUUAGAUGUAAAUACGAACGAAACCAGGAUUUUAAGAACGUACAAGCCAGCGGAGUCGUUUUUUCACCUAUUCAGUAAUCCACUUUAUGAAGAUUUUAUUUUUAGUACGACCAAGGAAAACAACUGUUCCUUCAGCUUAGGAGCUAUUGAUAUAAGGAACUUUAUUCAGAAAGAUAACAAGUCUCCACUAGAGGAUAUGAUUCAUGAAAACAUGUACUACAAUACAGACACAAAAUAUUUUUGCACGUAUUCUAAGGAGAACACUGAAUUGUUAUGCGUCUCUCCACAAAUAUUAUCUCAUUUUAGCAUUUUCAACUCUGAAUAUAUUGCCUACUCGUCCUACCCGAAUAUGAAGGAUGAAAAAAGCUUGCUAUGUAUGUUUAACAUCUGUUCUUUUUUUCAGCGUGAUCCAAAAAUAGUUACGUACAGUUUUGCGAGCGAAAUUAAUUAUUUUAAGCUGUUUCCAUCAGUUCAAGAUGGCUGUUACGCGGUUGAUAAUGGAAAUACAUGGGAAACUGCUAGCCAUAACAUGAAUGAGGGUUAUGCUUACCACCCUGAUAGCAAAAUUGAUAAAAUUUUUAUUUGCGGCAGUAACCCCUGCUUCAGUUUUAACACAAUAAAAAAUGAUGGAGUUCCGUAUUGCAUAUGGGAUAGCAAGAAAUUAAAAGUCCAUGACUUAUUACCCAUGAACGAAGAUUUAUCAUGUUAUUUGCACAAUAUUUUAAGCGGGAGUCAGCAUCCAUUUAGCAAUUUAAUUGGUGAUUAUGGCUUCCUAAAAAAGGAACGAUCCUUUCACGCGAAAAGGGCAAAAGAAAAACGAAAAGGCGAAAUGGGAAAUGAUGAAGAUGGGCAGGAAAUAGCGAACCUAAACGAAAGAAGAUCAUCCGUGGAUUAUCAUUACCAAAAUGACGCACAGAAAAAGGGUUAUAAUAAAAGGAAACAUCCUAGUAAAGAUCCAAAUGAGGAAAAUGACGAUCUGCACGUAAGCAAACAUGAAACGACAAAAAAUCGACAUGACCAUUUUGCAGACAAGUCAAAGCAUCAUCUGAACAACCGUUCGAAUAAGAACAACCACGGUCAAUACGCAUCUGCUGCACAUAACUCAAAUGAAAAAAUGAGAAACAAGCAUAGUAGUGGCACCCCCCAUAACUUCUACCCAUCAAAUGCGGCGAAGUACAAUGAUAAUAAAAAAAAAGGAAUAUGUUGUGAAAGUGUGAACAAAUCAAACAACAAUAUUUUUUUGUGUUGCAAUACAGAACAUAUAUAUUUGUGUGACUUGCGGUGUAAUUUUUUAAACACCAUUUCGAAACUGAAGCCAAAUGAAGGAUUCGUAAAUAAAAUAUACUCAUUAAGCAACAGCUUUCAGUAUAUAUUAUCAAAAACUAAUAAUCAUAUAGGACUGUACGACAUGCGGUAUGCCCCUUGUAAACAUAACGACGAGACAAAAAACAGUUUGGUAACCUCUUAUGAUAGAUUUAUAGAUAAUAGUAACCUGAGAAAACACCUAAACGAUUUUUACGUUAUAGACAAUGAACAGUUCCUAGUUUCUCUAGACACAUACACAAAUUCUGUUCAUAUAUAUGACAUUAUGAACACUAAAAACAGAAUCAUAAACUUGGAUGGGAAUUCUGAUUAUUCGAUAUACUCUAACAUACACGCUUACAAUAAUUUGUCAAGGAUACCCUACAUAUAUUCUUCUCAUAAAUACGAUGAUGCUUAUUAUCAUUACAAAAAAAAAAAAAGCACUGAAACGAAAGCAACGGAAAUUAAGCAUAUGAAUCAUUUUAGUCCAAUAAAAACGUAUCCACAAAAGGACCUAUUUAUAGGGUUAAAUGUUCAAUCCAUUUUACCCCUUUUUACGUUAAACAAAAAUAUACCAAGCAUAAUUUCAUUUCCAUAA